UUGAAGUCUUUGAUAUUCAGUUUUCAUGGAUGAAAAUGGAAGAAUCACUUUUCAAUUCUACUUCGAAAUACUAUUUAAGCAUGUACAAUCAAAAACUCUUUCAAAAAUCAAAAAUGGGAGACAAAUUCGAAAGAUGUCUCUGUUGCAAAUAAUACGAAAGAAUAAAUUAUUACCACAAGCAAAUAAACCAUAUUUAAUAUGGACACCAGUAUUUUAUUGGUCAGCAACACAUUCAUUCUUUUGCAUUAAAAAAAGUGAAGAGCAACCAACUAAAAUAAUGGAAAUUUUCACUAAGUCAAACAUGUUUAUUUGCUACAUAUUAAACAAGGACAGGUAUUGAAUUCUGAAUAAUAUUAUUUUAAUCAUAUUGGAACAAAUUGCUUUGUAGUUCAGUGUUUUGAAAGAAAAUAACUGAUAUGAUUGAUUUCAAAAAUAUAUGGAUGGUUUAAUUAGUCUCAAGAAGAUGUCAGAAAAGACUUCCACGGCCUGAAGUGAAUCCUUUCUGUGAAAAUUAAACAAAAACACUUUACCCAUGGUUGAUGGCAACAGGGAGCGUGAUAUUGAUGGCCGGUAUGAGAAGAAAAGACGACCCUUUAUUCAGUUCUUCUAAAUUAUAAAAAAAAAAAGCGAAACAUUUUUGAUAAUUUUUCGUAUUUCAAGCGAAAUCCUAGCCAUAUCGAUGUUCAAAUAUUCAAAUAAUUUGCCCGUAAAUUCUUAGCGUUUUCAAAAUUCAUGAUUCAAGGUUGCAAUAGCAAUAGUGUUGUGGCUAACGCAUACAAAAAUAAAUGGAAAUAAAGAAAAAUCAACUCAAAAGAAUGUGUCGCAUGCUCGUUUAUGAAAUGCCAACGGACUACAAUUCGAUAAACGUAUCGAAUAAAUUUGACCUUGAUAAUGAGCUAAAACACACACACGCAUAUAUACAUACAUAAAAACAAUGAUGCGAACCAAGUGACACAUUUGCUAAAAGAUUUUAAAUGAUUGAAUUUCUUUUCAAUUGGGUCCUAGGCUGAUGAAAUACCAAAACAGAAUUUAUACUCUGUUCAUUAUUCAUAGUAAUUAGAACUUUGGUCAAUCUGAAUGUUUAAAUAAAUGUUUCAUUCUUGUUCAACUAAAAAGAUGGUAAAAUUACUGAUGAGGAAUUUUCGAAGGUGUAGAAAAUAUGCAUGUAUUGAUAUCAAUUUGGGAUAUAAAUCGAUGUGUUCGAAUUGAGAAGCCUUGGACAAGGUUUUAAAAAAAAAAUUAUUUCACUUUCGCUUCGAAUCGUUAACGAAUUAUGGUGUGGGGGUAAUUUGACGUUUCAAAAGUCGAAAAAAAAGAUGGCUAACACCAGGGCUCAUGUAAAUAAACACUGUUGACUUUGACAGUUGCACAUGGUGAUAGAGUCUUUCUCAACGAAAACGUGUACCAUCCAAGUACCUUGUUUUUAUUUUAUCAAAGUAUACCUGAAGAUUUGAUUCAUUGUUUGCAAUCAAAAAUCAUACAGCAUGGAGUAUAUGGAGUCAGAUAUCCAUAUAAAAACGGAGAAUGCCACAUCCAAUGCAAAAAUAUUGUGUUGUGAAUGCGGUACACUGAUCGAUCCAAAUCCGGCAAAUAUGUGUGUUGCCUGUUUAAGGAAUCACGUUGAUAUAACGGAAGAUAUUCCAAAACAGGCCGUUCUUUACUUCUGUCGAAAUUGUGAACGAUAUUUGCAACCGCCAUCGGAAUGGGUGCAAUGUACGUUGGAAUCGCGUGAAUUACUCGCAUUGUGCCUGAAAAAAUUGAAGGGUUUGAAAGAGGUGAAGCUCGUUGAUGCUGGAUUCAUUUGGACAGAGCCACAUUCAAAACGAGUUAAAGUCAAAUUAACGGUACACAAGGAAGUAUUUGGUGGUGCAACAUUGCAACAGGUGUUUGUUGUUGAAUUCAUCGUUAACAAUCAGAUGUGCGAAGACUGCCACCGUACCGAGGCCAAAGACUUUUGGAAAUGCUUGGUUCAAGUGCGACAACGUUCAGAAAAUAAGAAGACCUUCUAUUAUUUGGAACAAUUGAUUUUGAAGCACAGAGCACACGAAAACACACUUGGUAUUAAACCAGAACAUGGCGGUCUUGAUUUCUAUUAUGCUAACGAAAAUCAUGCACGUAAAAUGAUUGACUUUCUGAACACGACGUUGCCAGUUAAGUGCACCGAAUCAAAGCGCCUCAUUUCACACGAUAUUCACAGCAACACAUACAACUGUAAAUUCACAUUUGCUGUAGAUAUUGUACCGAUUUCGAAGGAUAGUUUGGUUUGUCUACCGAAAAAAUUGGCCCAACAGCUCGGAAGUAUUUCUCCAGUCUGUUUAGUUUCACGCGUCGCAAACUCAAUCCAUCUAAUUGAUCCGCUUACCGCACAAAUGGCUGAACUGAAUGCAACCGUUUACUAUCGUCAACCUUUCGAAGCCAUUUGCAAUCCAAAACAACUAACAGAAUACAUAGUGAUGGACACUGAAGUGAUCCGACAUAAAAAUCGGAAUUUUUUCCCUGGCCAGGGAAAGGUGUCAGAUCGUCAUGUUAUAUGUGAUAUUUGGUUAGUCAGAGCUUCGGAGCUGGGUGUUAACGACAACACAAUACACACGCGGACACAUUUGGGCCAUUUAUUAAAACCGGGCGAUUCGGUUCUUUGUUAUAACCUUGAGGAUGCCAAUAUUAACGAUGAUAAUUUUGAUAAAUUGAACAAGGAUCGCGUUCCUGAUUUGAUUUUGGUAAAGAAAUUCUACAGUGAUUCCAACGAACUUAAGAAUAGAAGAAUUUGGAAGCUGAAACAUUUAUCUGAAGAAGUGACGGCUUUCGACAGAGGAAACAAGGACUACAACGAGUUCUUGAAUGAUUUAGAAGAAGAUCCACAGCUGCGUCAAAAUGUUAACAUUUUCAAGGACUCUUCCAAAACAAUUCCAGUCGACGUUAACGAUGGCAUCGAUCCUUCUGUACCGCGAAUUACCUUGGAAGAAAUGUUGGAUGAUUUGGUCUUAGAAGACGAUGAAAUGGGCGAAGAAAUAUGAGCUAAUUGAACAACAAAUUGCUUCAAACAUCAAUAAAAAAUAACUUGAAAAAAUUUAUUCUCUAAAUUGAUAAUAAAUCGUUUGUUUUUUUUGUUGAGAAAAUCAA